AAGUUAAUAUAUAAAUGUUAUUGUUAUUUUUCAGCAUAGCUUAACAGUUCAUAGUUUGCAUACCAAGGGCCUGCGCAGCGUGGAGUGAAUAAGUGAUGGGAGACAAUCCAAGCGACAUUUCACAACAUUUUAGUUAGUAGUCUGGACCGGUGUCCUCAUGAUUUGUCCUACAUUCAGCAGCAGCCUCCUGCAAAUCUGGUGGUCGGAGCAGAUUUUGUCCAAUCAGAACAGAGAAUUGUUUGACAGGCUCCGGAUUUAGCCAAUUGGUGAGCUGCUCCACAAAACUCACACCCCCCUAGUGGGCGGAGCUUAAAUGGCAGCAGCUCUCUCCAAUAUGGAGUACAGAAAAUAGCCUGAUUCACUCCACAUCUUAUACUUUUCUCUUGGGUCUUUAUUAUCUCAGGGUUUAUUAUUAUUUAUAGCUUAUUAGCAGAUGCCAGCCCGCUAUAAUCUCUUACCCGUAUUUUGAGCUGUAGCUUGAACUUAGCAAACUCCUCAGUACUUGACAGCUGCCGCGCUAACAACGAUAAACCGCUACAAACACUUCAAAACUCCUGAUUUCCACCAAAACACAGCGCUGUGAACUGUUUUCAGCGCUCUCAACGGCGAGAGCACAAAGUCUGAAAGCUUCCGUCAGAGCAACAAAGUGAGCCGAGCUACUGGGUGAAAGGUGACGUUGCGGCAGAAUAUUUGACUCAUAGAAUGCACAAUGCAGCGAGUGUGUCAGCCUCUCUGGGUUCUUUGGGACUGCUGCGUCUGGUUGGGGUGUCCUGGUCCUGGAGUCUGGCAGCAGGCCUAGGGGUAUAUCUGGGCACCAAAAGCUGGAAAUACUUCUACAUUGCAGCACGUACUGCAAAGAGAGACCUCAAUGGCCUCUAUGUGCUGCUGAGAGUGAAGCUGGCCUUGUGGCGCUACAUGCGCAAUGGAAGCAAUAUUCUUUGCAUCUUCGCCCAGACCGUGAAACAACACCCAAAUAAACCGGCACUGAUCUAUGAAGCCACAGGGGAAACAUGGACCUUCACCCAGCUGGAUGAGAUCUCUAAUGCUGUAGCUCAUUGGGCAAGAGGUCAAGGAUGGGUCUCUGGGGAUGUGGUGGCCCUCUUCUUGGAAAGCAGGCCGUUACAUGUGGCGCUGUGGCUCGGCUUGGCAAAAGUUGGGGUAGAAGCUGCUCUUAUUAACUUCAGCCUCCGCUGUGAUCCUCUUCUGCACUGCAUUGGGGUGUCAGAGUCACGGGCCAUAGUGUUCGGAGCCGAGCUGGCAGAUGCCAUGUUGGAGAUCAAUUCCUCCAUCAGCCAGUCCGUGGUGCGCUUUUGUACAGGGGACCUCAGCGCAGAACGUCUGACAGCUCUGAAUGCUCAACCUCUGGACCCAAUUUUGGCCACUGCAUCAAGACACCCACCUUCACCUUGUGUUCCCCCGAAAGGCAUGAAUGACCGCCUGUUUUAUAUUUACACCUCUGGAACCACAGGACUUCCCAAAGCUGCCAUUGUGGUCCACAGUCGCUACUACAGAAUAGCCGCCUUUGGGUACUUUGCCUUCCGCAUGCGUCCUGAUGAUGUCAUCUAUGACUGCCUGCCCCUGUAUCACUCUGCAGGUAACAUCAUCGGCGUUGGUCAGUGUCUCAUCCAUGGUCUCACUGUGGUAGUGAAAAGGAAAUUCUCUGCCAGUCGCUUCUGGGAAGAUUGCAUUAAGUACAACUGCACCGUGGUACAGUAUAUUGGGGAAAUCUGCCGGUACCUCCUGUCGCAGCCGGUCCGGCCAUCCGAGAAGGGCCACAGAGUUCGCCUGGCAGUGGGGAAUGGACUGCGCCCCAGUGUGUGGGAAGCCUUCACAGAGCGAUUUGGGGUGGGACAGAUCGGGGAGUUUUAUGGAGCAACUGAGUGCAACUGCAGCAUUGCCAACAUGGAUGGCAAGGUGGGAGCCUGCGGAUUUAACAGUCGCAUUCUGCCCUACGUGUACCCCAUCCGGCUGGUGAAGGUCAAUGAGGAAACCAUGGAGCUUAUUCGGGACAGCCGUGGUCUCUGUGUCCCUUGCAGCCCUGGGGAACCAGGGCUUCUGGUAGGUCGUAUAAACCAGAAGGACCCACUACGGCGCUUUGAUGGCUACGCCAACCAGGAUGCUACAAAGAAGAAGAUUGUUCAAAAUGUCUUCAGGAAAAAUGAUUCUGCCUAUUUAUCAGGAGACGUACUGGUGAUGGAUGAACUGGGCUACAUGUAUUUCCGUGACCGGAGUGGGGACACCUUCCGCUGGCGAGGGGAAAAUGUCUCCACCACUGAGGUGGAGGGCAUACUCAGCAAUGUUCUGGAUCAAACCGACGUGGCCGUGUACGGUGUAGCAGUGCCAGGUGUGGAAGGUAAAGCAGGCAUGGCUGCCAUCGCAGAUGCUACAGGGAAGUUUGACUGUGACAGUUUUUUGCAGAAGAUUCAGCGAUCACUUCCUACUUAUGCCCGCCCAGUGUUCCUGCGAAUCUCCCCGCAGGUAGACACCACAGGUACAUUUAAAAUCCAAAAGACCAGACUCCAGAGGGAGGGAUUUGACCCACGGCUGACAACUGACCAGAUCUACUUUUUGAACGGUCGAGCUGCCCGUUACAUUCCAGUGGACGAGGAGCUUUACAACUCCAUAGUGGAGGGAAGAAUGUCUCUAUGACGUGUGUGUGCGGCCAUAGCAGUGCUGUCCAAGUGCCUCGGUCAGACAGGUUAAUCAGGUGCCAGAGGGAAACGCAUUGGGGAAUGCAUGCAGCAGUGUCUGGAUCAUUCAGUUUUGGUGCAACACAGUUUUGGCUGUUCAGCUUUCAGGAAACGGAGUUAAGAGGACUAUUUACAUCGAGUACUGUUACACAUGAGUUUAAACACUGUAUAAGUAACACACUAUGACGUAAUGUGGGGGUAUUUGUUCUUUAAUAGUUCCUUUUUAAUUACAAAAUGAGCAUUUUGAAUCGCCUUUGAGCAGCGUCGUACCUACAAUAGAUUUCUUUCUCAGCUAAUUUGAAGGACGAUCCAUGUUACAUUAAUAGUGUUAGAAUAUAACUUGUAGUAUUAAGUGAAACUUUGUUAUGGGGUAUUUACCCAUCUAGGAAAUGCUAAAUGCUGCUAGGUUUUACUGUGUAGGUUUACCUGUGUUACUCUGGCUUGUUUUAAUGAGGUUGGAAAAACCUGAUUUUUACAUGCAGUAUGAAUGCCUACAAGUUCAAAACCGUACUAACCUUAACAUAACCACAACAUCUAUCGUGAUUUUUUUUUUUAAAUGCAAUGAAUUACUAAAUCUGCUUGUCAGAUGUGUACCUCUGAACAACACUGUUGAACCACCGAACGACAGAUUUUUAUUAUAUAAUGUGCCUUUUAUUAAACUUUAGAUCUGUUUCACAUUUCAUGCUUUUAACGAAAAGGAUUUAAAAUAAAUUGUCAGCAGAGAAGCUAAGUCGCACAUUUCUGACUGUUUUUAUGUAACAACUUUGUGUGAUAUUACAUAGGUGUUAAGGUUUGUGAAGUGCAACCCCAAAUUCUUUGUUUUGCUGUAACGCUAUUAAACUAUUUCAAAGC